GAACGUCUAGUAGGCAACGCCUCUUGAAGCAUCGUGGAUAACAUCCAACGUUACCAAUCGAACACCUUCUCACACAUAUGCAGGUGACGUGGCCCUUCAUGUGCGUAGGGAAUAGUACGAGGCUACUGUCCUUGCAACAUCAUUGACACUGGCAUUGGAUACAGGCUGGGGGAAACCAAUAACCAGUUUUAAAGUCUUAAGAAUGAAAACAACAUCGGUUACGGUUAACAUCAUUGAACAAGAAACAAACAACUCUUUUACGAACACUACAACCAAUGUCAUGCAUGUGAAACGGACAAUGAAUAUAACGUUGCAUAUGAGUAAUAUAACAGCACAGCAGAGCGACGAUUCUCUAACAAAUAGUACAGGAAAUGAAAAGCCAUAUAAAUAUACAGCAAAAAGAGUGCAUGCGGGUGAUAUCAUGGAAAAACAGGCAAACAACUCUCUCAGAGGCAAGACAAAACAGAAAACAAAAAACAGCACACAAAUAUUCAGUAAAUUUGCAAGAGGCAAUCCAUUUACAAUUAAAGGAGAAAACAUGACCGUGCAUAGGAUACCACGCCAGAAGACGUGUGCCGUUGUUGGUAACAGUGGAAUUCUUCUAAACAGCAGUUGUGGUGACGAGAUCAACUCCAACGACUUUGUCAUCCGCUGUAACAUUCCAGAAAUUGAAGGAUUCAGCCGUGACGUUGGCAACAAGACAAAUGUAACCAACAUUAAUCUAACCAGAGUUAAAGACAUUCAUAAGUAUGCAAAAAAGAACAGUGACUCUCCAAAUUUCAUUGAUAACUUCCGGUAUCUAAAUAACACAAUACUUUGGACUCUUGGGUCACCUCGAACAGCAAGAACUAAAAAGCUGGUAUAUUCCGUCAAGUACCUCAAGUCAAAAUUUGAUCUGAAUUUUCAGGUGGCUUACACGGAAGUUGAACAAAAUUAUACACAUUUAUUAAGUGCAAUGAAAUUCAAAAAAGCUCCAACAGCAGGAAUGCUCACCAUUGGUGUCGCUGUAUGUCUCUGUGAUAAAGUCAGUGUAUAUGGAUUCUAUCCAUUUCCAGCUGGUCCCGAUGGCAGAUUUGUUCCCUAUCACUAUUUUGGAGAGUUUACAAAUAUUACAGCUGGAUCUUUCAAAACACGACAUGGUUUCAAUCAAGAAUACUCGACAUUACAGAAGUGGCACAAAGAUGGAUUGCUGGAUUUUGUCUCGGGUGCAUGCACACAAUUAAGAGAGAAAGGUUAA